UACUACGACGAUGCUUAAACCACCGCGACCCAAUUUUAAUGAACUGGUCUCUCAACUUAAGAAUUUAGACCAGCGACGAGUGUGGUUUUCCACACAGAACGAAUCUGGUCUUGAUCAAAUUUCGCAUGUGGCUUUUUAUGGAAAUCAACAGAAUUCAUCCAGUAAUUCCUCGAAUCGGCGUCCUAGAUUUAAUUCCCAAGGGCGUGGUUUUCAAGCCCAGCAAACGCAAAACCCUUUUCCAAACAAAGAGUCGUAUUCUUCCCAACGGCGACCUCCCCCGGCUGGUCGUAGAAGAAUGACACCAGCUGAACGAGAGCUGUAUAAGAACGAAGUGUGUCAAUACUGCAACAGAGAUGGUCACAUCGCGAAGAUUUGCUGGUGGAUUCCACAAGAAAAACAAAGCAGCCCUGCUCAAGCUCUUUCGGCACUCACAUUGGAUACUGAUGUUGUAGAUACUGACUGGGUUGCAGACUCUGGUGCAUCGAAUCAUAUGACAGGAUCGACAGACGGGACAGGUACUGCUACAAGGGCCACGGAAAAAUAACCUUUAUAUCUUGUCAGGGAAUCCGAAAGCAUAUUUUUCCAAUCGAUUUAGGUCUGGAACAGCAGACAUAUGGCAUCAACGAUUAGGACACCCUCAACCUUCUGCGAUUUCUAUUUUGUUUAAUAAGAACCUUAUUGAUGUUAAAGGUUCCUUGCAUUCUAAAUUUUUAUGUGAUAGCUGCCAAUUAGGCAAAUUGAGCAAAUUUCCAUUUAGUUUGUCUUCCAAUAAAAGUACCACUGUAUUUGAAAAAGUUCAUUGUGAUUUAUGGGGACCAGCCCCUGUUUUAUCUUUUGCCAAA